AGCCAAUGCAUCGCAAUGGAUGACAAUAUAACGUUUAAUGUAACGACAAAACCGACAGUUAAGAAGGCAAAGCAGGCGGCAACAGCAGCUAUUAAGCCGUUGACCAAAAAACAACGUGCAGCGCCCGCCGGAUUUGACUUUCAAUUCAAUGCGGACAAGCCGAAGGCCAAGGCGCUGGUGGUGCGACGUCGUGCUGCGCCAGUGGCCAAGGCCAAGGAGCAGCAAGUGACCAAGGAGCAGCAAGUGACCAAGGAGCAGCCAGUCACAGCCAAAGUCGCAGCCUCAGUGUCGUCCACAAAUGUGGAGAAGUCGGAUGGCGAUUUGAUGUUCAAUGUGUUUACGGCCAAGCCAAGUGUUGUGGUCAACAAAGCGCCAGUUAAAGUCACGCCCACUGUGGUGACAGGUGCCAUUAAGAAGCAACAGUUGAAGGCGGCACUCAAGGGACAAGGACGCAAGGAGAAUCCCAACAAGCAACCACGUGCCGGGGACUUGUUCAAGGCGCAGCUGGACGAGGAGCGCCGACUGAAGCGUGCCAAGGAGGAGAACCGUUCAACAGAAGAGGAGCCAAAGACUGCCGUACAGUCAGCGAAUAAGUUUCGUACCAAGAAAAUUGGACUCUUCGAUCAGAGCGAUGUGGAGGCGCUAAAGCAACUGGGUCAACGGGCUGUCAAGCCUGUCAAGGAGACUAUAUUCACGGGCACGAAGGUGGAGACUCUGGGACUGCAUGCACAUGCUGUGAAGAAUCUGUUGGAUCUGCUGAGCAUCACACAGCUGACGACAGUGCAACAGAAGACCAUACCACAAGUGCUGGCUGGCAAGGAUGUCCUGGUCAGAUCACAAACCGGAUCCGGCAAGACUCUCGCCUAUGCUCUGCCCAUUGUGGAGCGUCUUCAGGCCAAGCAACCACACGUUAAGCGCACCGACGGCGUCCUGGCACUGGUCAUUGUGCCCACCCGUGAGUUGGCUCUCCAGACCUACGAGUUGUUCCAGAAGCUACUGAAACCCUAUACUUGGAUUGUGCCCGGCGCCUUGCUGGGCGGUGAGAGCCGCAAGAGUGAGAAGGCGCGUCUGCGUAAGGGCAUCAAUGUGUUGCUGGGCACUCCGGGUCGCCUGGUGGAUCAUCUGUUGCACACUGAAACAUUUAAGCUGUCCAAGCUGCAGUUUCUGGUCCUCGACGAGGCGGAUCGUCUGCUGGAGCUGGGAUACGAGCGCGAUGUGAAGCAGCUGGUGGAGGCCAUUGAUAAACAGCGGGCAGAGGAUGCAGUCCAGUCCGACCAAGCUGCCAUGCAGCGGAUGUUGCUCAGUGCCACACUGACCUCCCAGGUGCAACAGCUGGCGGGACUGACGCUCAAGGAUCCGCUCUACAUCGACAACAGUGAUGAGGCCGCAGAUGCGGCCUUGAAGGGAUCAAAUGGCUACGAGAAGGAGACAAUCGAGGCGCAAUUAGAUGACGGACUUGGCGAGUACUUGGAGGACAUGACCGGGGUACUGAGCAUACCGGAGAAUCUACAGCUCAGCUAUGUGGUUGUGCCGCCCAAGCUGCGACUGGUCACCAUCUCGGCGCUGUUGGCCAAGGAACUCGCUGCGAGUCCCAAACAAUUCAAGGCGAUUGUGUUUAUGAGCACCACGGAAAUGGUUAACUUUCAUCACGAUGUGCUCAACGAGGCGUUGACACGUCGUGUCCUGGACGAGGACGAUGAGCAGGUGGAUAAGGAGGAGCAGCCAGACGAUGAGGGGGAAACGCCUUUGCUCCACGGACUGCGAUUCUUUAAACUCCAUGGUUCGAUGACACAGACGGAGCGUCAAGGUGUCUUUCGAGGCUUCCGGGAUUGCGCCAGCUGCGUGCUUCUCGCCACCGAUGUUGUUGGCCGUGGCAUCGAUGUACCGGACACCAAGCUGGUCGUACAAUACACUCCGGCCCAGACCACGGCGGACUUUGUGCAUCGCGUGGGACGCACAGCGCGUGCGGGACGACGUGGACGUGCUGUAUUGUUUCUGGCGCCGAGCGAGGCGCAAUUUGUGCGUCACUUGGAGAAGAAACGCAUUCGCAUCCAGCAGGGCGACAUGUACAGCUAUCUGGAGGCGUUGUUGCCACGCGAUGCGGAGGCACGCACCGUCCAGGAGGCAGCAUCCAAUUUGCAGCACAAGUUUCAGUCGCUGCUCGAGGACGAUCGGGAGUUGCACGACAAGUCCUGCAAGGCCUUUGUCUCGUGGAUGAAGUUCUAUUCGACAUUUCCCAAGGAGCUGAAGCCCAUAUUCAAUGUGCGCAUCGCCCACAUGGGCCACUUUGCCAAGAGCUUUGGCCUCAAGGAGGCGCCCAGCAAAUUUGCCCACAAACAUGCGGCCCCGAAGCCGGCGCCACCCACAAAUCGCUUAACUUAUACAGAGCGCGAUCCCGAGAAGGUGAAGCAGGCGAAACGUGAGAAGAAGCGUCUUUAUGCCACCACAGUGAGCGGCGAGGUGCGGCAAACGCAACAGCAGGCGGGAAAGGCCGGCGAACAGCGCCAUCCAGCGGCGGGCGGUGGUACUGGCAAUGGCAUUGGCAGAAGCAGCUUUAUGAAGAGUCUCAACAAAUCACGAGCACUCAACAUAUCCGAGUUCGACAGCGGGCUGCCAUCAUUGGCAGCGCCCAAAAGACGCAAGCAGGCGUAGAAGACGGACGAGGAAGAUGCAGGAGGAGUGGAAGGAGUGGGAGGAUUAGGAGGAGAAGAGAAGCUGAAGAUGGAGCAGCGGCAUUUGGGCGCUAUUCAAGCGUUUAAUCGAAAAGCAGCACGGCUACAAAAUGCAGAUCCGCUGACAACUCAUAAAACUUUCAUUUUUCUCAACUUUUAAGCCCGGACGUCCUGCGGGAAAAGUUGAUAAAAGCGUCCAAGCAACCGCUGCUGGCAUAUUUUAAGCUCAUCUUUACAGUUAGUUUCUAUAUAGAAUUCCUUCUUUUUUUUAGCAUUUAUCUUUUUUUUUCUUGUUUACUUUUAUGUAAUAUGUUUUUUUUUUUGUUAAGGGCAAAUAUUAGAAAUCCAUUUUCCGCUCAGUGCAGAUUCAUUCAGUUUUGAAAAUGUCAAUCCCAAUUGCUGCCACUCUGUGUGGGAGGGGGAGCGGAGAGAGCGGCACGUGUUGGCCGCCUUUUUGUGCAACUGAAGCGCGUAAUUUGUUGGACAAGCCAUAAAUAAAUAUGAAACAUAAACGCA